AUGGCCGUCAAAAUGCUCACCUGGCCCGGCAUGACGAGCUCCCGUGCAGCCGUCUACCCAACCCCUCCUCCUCCUCAAACACCACCAUCUCCAAGCUUCCACCUCUUCCCCUCCCUCCCCAUCGAACUCCGUCUCAAAAUCUGGGCCUUCGCCCUCAACGACCUCCAACCACGCAUCCUCCCCAUCCAACCCCUCUCCCAAACACCACCCGCAACCCCCUCUCUCCUGCAAACCAACCCAGAAUCCCGUUUUGAAGCCCAGCGUCGGUAUAAAAAACACUGUGCCCACCCCGCUAUCGGAGAGCGCUCUUACUACAUCAACUACUCCAUCGACACGCUGUAUAUAAACAACUCCCUCGGCUUCCGCGCGAACGCGACUAUGCACCAAGCGUGGCUGAAACCCGUGCGGCAUCUAGCGAUUGAGUUUGGGCAGUUUGCUCUGUUGACGAGUUUCUGGUUGGAGGAGGGGUUGUGGAGUUUGUUGAAGUGGUAUACGCCGGAGUUGGAGACGUUGUUUGUUGUUGUUGGUGAGAAAAGGAGGCGGGAUGGGAAGCAAGUGAGCUUUUUGGAGGUUAGCGGGGAGGAGGCGUAUAUGGAGUUUUUGGGGAGGGAGGAGAGGAGGCAGUUGGUUGAGGGAGGGAGGAGUUUCGAGAAGGUUAAGGCGGAGGGGGAGUGGAGGGGGUUGAAGUUGAAGUGGGUGAGGGAGGGGGAGGAGGGCGAGAAGGGGAGAGGAUUGAGGGUUGGAGCUUGGGGGAGUGUGGAUUGGAAGAGUUGA